UACUGGAUAUGCAAGCAUGCAUUUGCACGUGUGUGAAUAUAUACAGAAUACGGUAAAGAAGUUCGAUAAUAUUGAUGUUGUAGUAAGUUUUUCUAAUUGCAUGACAAUUUAUAAUUUGAUAUGAAAGAAAUAUAAUUUGCUAAUAUUAAAAGACAUAAAUUAGAAUUAAGAUUUAUAACACAUGAUUAACUUUGCUUUUGGCAAAGAAAUUUUUAAAGAAGUAUCAUAAGAUUUAUAAAAAUAAAUUAUAUUGGUCAUUAAAUAAAUUAUAUUGGUUGAUAUUAAGAAUGGUUAAAUACUACGAAAGUAGCACAAUUUUUCAAUUUAAUUGGAAUCAAGUUGCAUAUGGAUUUUGGCAAAGAUAUCCAAAUCCUAACAGUUCUCAUGUACUUACGGAAGAUACUAUAUCGAGAAAAGUUAAAAAUGGUAUAUUAUAUAGCACACGUCUUUUGACAAAAACUAAUAGAGUACCUAAAUGGGGAGAGAGAUUUGUUAGCAAAAAUAUAGUAAAAAUUAUUGAAGAGAGUAUAGUGGAUCCAAAAACAAAAACUUUAACAACAUAUACAAGAAAUUUAGGUUACACUAAAGUCAUGAGCAUUGUAGAGAAGGUUGUUUAUAAAGUAUGUGAAGAAAACUCUAAUUGGACAGUAGCAAAACGAUCAGCUUGGAUUGAUAGUCAAGUAUUUGGAUUCAGUAGAGCUAUCCAAGCAUUUGGAUUGGAUAGAUUUAAAAAGAAUUGUACUCUGAUGUAUAACGGGUUUAAUUACGUUCUAGCUCAUUUGUUUCCUCACACAGCACAAUAUAUGAAUCCAUCGCUUUCUCAAAUGGGUUUUGCUCAUCUAGUCGAAGAAUUUCCUGGAAAGACAAGUUUAGCAGAAGAUUUCCAACAUUCGUUACAAGGUAAAGCAGAAAAAGUAAAAGAUGCUGCGAAAAAGGCAACUGAUUUAGCAAAGAAAAAGGCUGGCACCAUUUAUGCUACAUAACAUUCUGAGCAAUCAUAAUUAAAACAACAUCGUCGGUGUGAAUGAUUUAAAAUAUUUGGCGAAUAGAGAAAAUGAAAAUUCAGAAAAAUAAUUUUAAAAUGGAAACAAAGGAUAAUUAUUUGAUGGUUUAUUGAUUGAGUAAAUAAUAGAAUGAAAUUGUUUAGCGUUAUUCGUUAAAAAAUGUAAGAAAAAUUUUUUUUUAAAUUUCUUAUAUAAUUAUGUAUAAUAUUGUAUCAUGUUAUCAUUCCUGUUAACUGCCAUUUUAUGUUUAAUUUUAAUAUUCAUACAAGAUUUAUUUGCGAUAAACACGGCAAUAUAUUUUCAAAGAUAACGAUCACUGACGAUGCUUAAUAGUGCGGACGAAGCAAUAUUAUGGUACGCUUGUAUCAUUAGAUCAAAGCGAAUAAAAUUUGGAUCGAAAUAUAAAAAUGUAUAUAUAAUUGCUUCGAAUACGUGCUUUGAAACAUGUAGAGUGUAUUGUAAAAUAUUGAAAUAGAUGAAAAGAAAGAUUAGUCAUAAACUUUAAAUGAAUUUAAUUUGUUUCAAUAAAAAUGGAGAAUUUCGUUAAACGAAAAUCUUAAAGAUCAAGUUAGCAGAAAAAAUUAGGAAUUAUAGAUAACACAUUUUUGCGAUAGUGUGUUGCAUCUAAUUGUAAGUAUUUAAGUAUUUUUUAUUUGCACGUAUGAAUAAAUAAUCGAUAUUGUAUCAUAUCGGUAUUCGGUAUGCUUUCCUGUACAAUACUAAAAUUAGAAUUGCAUUCAUAUUCAAAAGAUAUUUAAUAUUUGCGCAAGUUUUUUAUAUGCAUAUAUGCACGUAUAUCUCUAUACAUUAAAAUAUCAUUUUUGUGUAUUUAAAGAAAAAAAUUCUAAUUUGAUGUUUAUCGUUAACCAGCAUUAUAACUUAUGCAAGUAUUAUAUAUAGAUAGAAAAAUUGUAUAUAAUAUAUAAAAGGAAUACUAUAUAAAUAUAUUAUUAGAAUCUUAUUAUAAAUUAAAAAAUAUAAUCUUUUAUAUUUUUUCCAUUUCUAUAAGAAAUAUUUUAAAAUAUUAUAUUGUAUUAUAAAUGAAUCAAGACUUUUUUUUUAAUUUACUAGUUUGGAACGAAACAAAAAAAAAAGUAUUAACCUUGAACAGCAAAUUAUGGAAAGAGUAAUUUCCAGGUGUGGUGAUUUACAUACAUAAUAUAUACAUAAUAUAUAAUAACAUAUGAAUGUAAAAGCAUGUAAUUUAUCAAACUUGUGUUAUUUACUUUUUACUCUGUAUAGCAGAAUAAAAGAGUAUUUAGAAUAAAUUAUAUCGAAUAAAAUAAUCAAGCUAGAUAGA